UUCUCCACCUUUUUUGUUCAAAACAUGUAAACAAAGUUUGAACAGCCGGCCAAAUAAAAAAAAACAGUGGAGAAGGCUGAAUGGCUUUUACAUUCACCUCAAGCUAGUAGAGAAAACUACCAAUAUCAGAAAAAAGGAAACCAGAAAACUGCCUCUUCUCAUCAAAGAUUCUGGAGGAAAGAAAGAAGAAGAAAAUUCAAUGCCAGUCCACCUGAGCUCAAAGUCAAAGGACAUAUUUGUGAGGAUAGUUCAUCCAGGUGGGCGAGAGGAGUUGUACCCUUCUGCGCUUACAGCAUUCCAAUUGUUGAAAAAGUAUCCUGGAAAGUGUGUUGCCCGGCCUGACGUUUUCAAGAAUCCCCAUGAAUCCCUUUUAUGGCCAGAGGAGAAGCUUUUGCUGGGUCAGAAAUACCUCAUAAUCCCAUCUUCUACUGUACAGAAACUUAAGCAAAAAUACCCAGAGAAAGUAAAAGGAAGGGAUACUGAUGAGGAGACGGGGGAUGUCAAGAUAACUGAUUCAGGUGAAAUUAACUUUGAUGAGUCUGUUUUCUCUGCAAAAGAGUUCUAUGCCUCCAAAGGAAAGUGGUCUAAAAAUUUAUUAGUAAAAGGCAUAAUAAAAAAGAAGCCUUUUGUGCCUCCACUUCCAAAGUCAAGAGCAGGCAGAGGACCUGUAUGGGAGCCGAGCUUAACUUCUGUACAAGAGCUUUCUCCAUGAUUUUGGUUCUAUCGGAUGACGCUUGCAAUGUACUCUGGUAUGCAAUUGGAUUGCUUUGUCACACUGCAAUAAAAUGAUAAUGCUCUUUUUCCACUAUGCAGUGCUAUAUUUCAAACUACAGAUUGCUAGUUUCAACUACCUGCUGUCAAAUUUAUCCUAUUAUGUACGAUUUUUCCUCUUUUGUUUUGUGGGUUGAUAUAGACUUUUCUCAGUACAAGAGGUUAUAUAGAAUUAUUGGGUUGCAGUCUUACAGA